AUCCCUGGUUUAUCCCCGCAUCGAGGAGCCGACAAAGCCUCGGACCUAGACGCUGUCAAAUAGAGGGUACAGCACCCGUCGCUCCCUUGCUGACUAUCAUCCUACUAGACGUGCAAUCAAUAGUCUGUUCACGACUGUUUCAUCUCUCUGCUUUCACUUGCCUAGAUUCCUCUCUUUCCACACCCAAAAGGCUCUCGCUGAACCAGUCAAAAUGACUAUUCCGAAAUGGCAGCAACAGGCACAAAAAGCAAAGGUUAUCCUUCAGGAGUCCGUGCCCAAGGAAUGGCUUGUUCCGGAACAUAAGCUGCCCUUCACCGAUCAAAAGAAUGUUGAAGAUUUUGCUGCAAGAAGCGGCGCUCUGAGCGAUCGUGAGCUGUCCAUCACUGGCAUGUCUGCCACAGCUUUAGUCAACGGAAUGGCCGCCGGUCUUCUGAGCGCGGAGGAAGUGGUGGUGUCGUUCUUGAAACGAGCUGUGCUGGGGCAUCAACUGCUCAACUUUGCUACCGAAUUCAUGGCGGAUAGGGCAAUCGCUCGCGCCAAGGAACUAGACCGGUAUUACCAGCAAACAGGCAGGGUUGUUGGACCUCUGCAUGGUGUUCCCAUUAGCGUCAAGGAACACAUCGAGGUCAAGGACCGUACCUGCAACGCCGGCUACGUAGCAUGGGUAAACGACGUCGCGCCAGAAGAUGCUCUCCUCCUCAAGUACCUUGAGAAAGCAGGUGCUGUUUUCCACGUGCGCACCAACCAGCCUCAGUCUCUCAUGCACCUCUGCUGCAGCAACAACCUUACUGGCGCAACGGUCAAUCCAUAUAAUAGAACGCUCACUCCGGGUGGCUCCUCCGGCGGCGAAGGCGCCUCAAUGGGCUUCAAGUGCGCCCCUCUAGGUAUCGGUACCGACAUUGGGGGCUCAAUCCGCUCCCCAGCGGCAUUCUGCAACGCAUACGGGUUCCGGCCGACGGCACGUCGAAAUCCAUGCACGGGACUCAAGUCCCCGGAAGCGGGAGAAGAAGCUAUAUUGGGUGUCGUUGGGCCUCUUGCGAGUCAGAGCAUCGAGGACUUAGACCUAUUUCAGCGCGCCGUGAUCGAUCAAGAGCCGUGGGACCAGGAGACGGGACUGGUGCCAGUGCCGUGGAAGAGAGUGCAGCCGAACAAGGAGAUGACGGUUGCUAUCAUGUGGGACGACGGCGUCGUCCAUCCUCACCCACCCAUCACACGAGCCCUCCAAUACGCCAAAUCCAAGCUCCAAGCAGCAGGAAUCAAAGUCCUCGACUGGGAGCCCUACAAGCACGCCCACGGCUGGGACAUAAUCUCAUCAAUGUACUUCCCCGACGCAGCCUCCAGCCAACGUGACCUCCUCGCGAUAUCCGGCGAACCCGCCCUCCCCCUAACAGAAUGGGCCUUCAGCUACUCCCGCCCAGUCCCGCUAACCAUCGCCGAAAGCUGGACUCUCAACACCCAGCGCGACACCUACCGCGACGAGUACCAUGCGUUGAUGAAAUCCUGUAACGUGGACUUUAUCCUCUCGCCGGCUUACGUCGGCGUCGCGGCCGUGAUGGGCGAAUCGCACUACUGGAACUAUACGGCUAUCUGGAACAUUCUUGACCAGCCGGCUGUGGUGUUUCCCAGUGGGUUGUUCGUUGACCCUGCGCUGGAUCCUGUCGAUGAGACGUACCAGCCACGCGGUGAGGUCGAUGCGAGGGAGUGGGCGAAGUACGCACCGGAGAGGUAUGAGGGGGCGCCGGUUGGGUUGCAGUUGACGGGGAAGCAUUUUAGGGACGAGGAGACUCUUGCGGCGGCUGGGUUGGUGAAGGGGGUUUUGGAUGGGAAGAAGGUUGCCUAGGUUGGCUUUUCUUUUCUUUUCUUCUUAUCCUCAUUUGGUCAAUAUAAGUAUGUCUACGCAGACGGUGAUUACUGAGAGUACAGCAAAGGAAGAGAAUA